GAAGCAGCGGCAGGAGGAGGCGGGCUGAGGGUGCACGGCACCGGGGAGGAGGAGGAUGGCGGUGGGGAUGGCGGCGGCGGCGGUGCUCUAGCAGGAGGCGGCGCGGACACGCGUGAAUGUGGUCUCCGGCCCCCGAGUGACCCGGCCCCGAGGUCUAACAAUACAAUGUCAACGGGAAGGGUACGAACGAAAAAAAAGGCAUGUUCUUCAGAUCAGUCUCCAGACAGCCUUCCCGUGAGGAGUUCUGGAAGACAGGUGAAGAAGAAAGCAGCUGAAGCAGCAGAUGAUGAUGAUGAAGCAUCAGAGAAGAAAUAUAGAAAGUGUGAAAAAGCUGGAUGCACCGCAACAUGUCCCGUUUGCUUUGCCAGUGCAGCAGAAAGAUGUGCAAAAAAUGGGUACACGUCUAGAUGGUACCAUCUGUCCUGUGGGGAACACUUCUGCAAUGAAUGUUUUGACCACUAUUACCGAAGCCAUAAAGAUGGUUAUGAGAAAUACACUGCCUGGAAAAGGAUUUGGACAAGCAAUGGUAAAAGUGAGCCCAGUCCAAAAGCCUUUAUGGCUGAUCAACAGCUUCCUUACUGGGUGCAGUGCACAAAACCAGAAUGUGGUAAAUGGCGUCAGCUGACAAAGGAAAUCCAGCUGACACCACAAAUAGCAAAAACCUACAGAUGUGGUAUGAAACUGAACAAUUCCACCAAGACUGAGGGCUCAGACCAAUGUUCCAUGCCUGAGGACUUGAGAGUGGCUGAAGUUUCAGACCAUUGGUGGUACUCCAUGCUCAUACUCCCUCCUUUGCUGAAAGACAGUGUGGCAGCUCCCUUUCUAGCUGCAUAUUAUCCAGACUGCGUGGGCAUGAGUCCAUCCUGUACCAGCACUAAUCGGUCACCUGGUGAAUCCAACCUUGUGAAGUUAGAGCACCUAAAGAGCGUGCCUAAUGUGACUGUUGCAGGCAUGAACAAGUAUUUCCAGCCUUUUUACCAGCCCAAUGAAUGUGGGAAAGCACUCUGUGUGAGGCCAGAUGUCAUGGAACUGGAUGAGCUCUAUGAGUUCCCAGAAUAUUCACGAGACCCUACCAUGUACCUGGCAUUGAGAAACUUGAUUUUGGCUUUGUGGUACACAAACUGCAAGGAGGCUCUCACCCCUCAAAAAUGUAUCCAUCAUAUAAUUGUUCGGGGGCUUGUGCGGAUCCGCUGUGUUCAGGAAAUGGAGAGGAUCCUGUAUUUUAUGACAAGGAAAGGGUUAAUUAAUACAGGGAUUUUGUCAGUCAAUUCUGACCAGUACCUUCUUCCUAAGGAAUACCACAAUAAAUCUGUCAUUAUUGUUGGGGCUGGUGCAGCAGGAUUAGCAGCAGCCCGACAACUGCACAACUUUGGAAUUAAGGUCAUUGUUUUAGAAGCUAAAGACAGAAUUGGUGGCCGAGUGUGGGAUGACAAGACAUUCACAGGAGUCACUGUUGGAAGAGGUGCACAAAUCGUCAAUGGAUGUGUCAAUAACCCAAUGGCACUAAUGUGUGAGCAACUUGGCAUUAAAAUGCACAAACUAGGGGAGAAAUGUGACUUGAUCCAGGAAGGUGGAAGGAUAACAGAUCCCACUAUUGAUAAACGUAUGGACUUUCAUUUCAAUGCCAUCCUAGAUGUCGUCUCUGAGUGGAGAAAAGAUAAAACCCAACAUCAAGAUGUUCCUCUUGGUGAAAAAAUACAAGAGAUCUAUAAAGCCUUUAUUCAGGAGUCUGGUAUCCAGUUCAGUGAGCUGGAAGAAAAAGUACUGCAGUUCCAUCUCAGUAAUUUGGAAUAUGCCUGCGGCAGCAAUCUCUCUCAGGUAUCUGCACGCUCAUGGGACCACAAUGAAUUUUUUGCCCAGUUUGCUGGAGAUCACACUCUCCUAACAGUGGGAUAUUCAACUGUGAUCGAUAAGUUGGCAGAAGGGCUGGACAUCCGGCUGAAUUUCCCAGUUCAGAGUAUUGACUAUUCUGGUGAAGAAGUGCAGAUCACUACUGCAGAUGGAACAGUGUGGACAACACAAAAGGUAUUGGUGACUGUACCCCUGGCCCUUCUUCAGAAAAAUGCCAUUCAGUUUAAUCCUCCACUGUCAGAAAAAAAAAUUAAAGCCAUUAAUAGUUUGGGAGCGGGAGUCAUUGAGAAAAUCGCCUUGCAGUUUCCAUAUAGAUUUUGGGACAGUAAAAUUCAAGGAGCUGAUUUUUUUGGUCAUGUUCCACCUAAUUCCAGCCAACGUGGGCUCUUUAGUGUCUUCUAUGACAUGGAUCCAGAGGGCAAAGAAAGCAUUUUAAUGUCAGUGGUCACCGGAGAUGCUGUGACAACCAUUAAGAAUUUAGAUGAUCAACAAGUACUGCAACAGUGUAUGACUGUACUCCGAGAGCUGUUUAAGGAGCAGGAGGUUCCUGAGCCAGUGAAGUUUUUUGUGACUCGAUGGAGCAAUGACCCUUGGCUGCAGAUGGCGUACAGCUUUGUGAAAACCGGGGGCAGCGGUGAAGCUUAUGACAUGAUAGCUGAAGACAUACAAGGAAAAGUUUUUUUUGCUGGUGAGGCCACAAAUAGGCACUUUCCUCAGACCGUUACAGGAGCUUACUUGAGUGGGGUUCGAGAAGCCAGCAAAAUAGCAGCAUUUUAAGUACUGAAAUGUUGUGUUUUUAGACAUAUUUUUAAUUGAUUUCUGUGGGUAAAACUAUCUUCAAGUUUCCUAUUGCUGCCUUUUUCCUACGUGGUACUUGAAUAGUAUAUGGUACCUGAAGAUAAAAGUCUUCAUCUUCCUUUUCCUCUUUCUCCCCCACCCCAUUUUUAGGCCCUGAUGAUACAUAUUGCUGGGGGCUUUUUUCCAGCUAAGGUAUUACUAGCAGGAGUGACAUUGGAAUCGUCAGCCACAGCUUAACUAAGAGAACUUUUGUUAAGAGUCCUCUUCUGUAUGGCUCAAGUCAUGCUAUUGUGAACCUUCAUUUCAGAAGGUCAGAUUAAAACAAGACUAAGUUAACAUACAGCAUUAAAAAUGCUGGCAGUUAGUGAUGAUAUGGGAAUUUUCCACUAACUGUGCUUCUCAGGUUGAUUAUGCUCAUAGGAGUUCAAACUGGCUUCCAAAAGCCUGAAUAGCCUAGAAAAAAAUCUAGGAUUAAUGUAGGAAGGAACUCAACUAUCACUUUUCCCACUUGCAAUCAGUAACCUUUUCUAUAAUAUUUUUUCAUAUUCUUAGCAUCCACUAAGCGGGCUUUGGGAUAUGAAGUUUGUUCCUUUAAAUAAGAAAGCUGGAACAGUUUACUGUGCAAUCAUAGAAAGGUUAUUGUAGCUGAUCAAAACUUGAAAAAUUAACUUCUAGCUUACUUUAGAAAACUUUGAAUAAGUAGCAGAGAUAUUUCUGUGUCGGGAUCUCUAGCUGGUCAGAGUGACCCCGAGAAAAGUUCGAAAGUCUCUUUUCCCAGCCCGGCGCUUGAAGGAGUCAGGGCUCUUCAUUUCUCGGUCUCAAGGUUGUUUAUUUUAUCUUAUCUAUAAAAAAUUUUCUCCUGCCCUGCCGAGGUCAGCUCAGCAAGACAGUUCCAGGCACUCUCCGCCCACCCCAAGGCUGCGUCGUCUUUUGUACUACAAAUUACGUAUAUCAUAUUUACUUUUACCUUCCAAUACCUAUCACCCAUGCUAGACAGUGCACCUCUAUUCUAAACCAAUCCCCAAGUGCCAACAUCACAGCAGAAGAUG